AUCAAUAAACAAAAUUUGUAAGUAAUGCCAUUUGAAUUAAACAAAAUGGUAAUCGACGAGAUUUUUUUUUUUUGUUUACCCAUUGUGUUUUAUUAAUAUGGCAUCAGUGGGACAUCUAGAAAAGGCCGUUCUGAUUUUCACCAACGGGACAUGGUGAUUACAUAAAUAUCGAGUUGUAUUUUCAUCCUCACGAGGUUUUCGUCAAAUUGAUCAUGGAUUUCGGGCGUCGCAGUUUUUUUUCCUCACAACGUUGAAAACUGGACUUUUUUUUUUUGCCUGGGACGAAGGUGAUAAGGCUGGUUACUACGUGUGUUGAGGAAAGUCAAACGAGUGCGUCACUGGACAUUUCAGCUGUGUCGGGUGGUUUUUCUUAUCGAAGCGUCCGUUUGUUGGUGAAAAUAUUGUAUGUUAAUUAUUCCGGGGGAGAACAGGGGUGAGAGCCUUUCUCCAACGGUUUGUUGGGAUGCCAGGGGGGUUGAGGGGGGUAUGGAUGGUGCUGGGAUAGUCUUGCAACUGGCGAUAUCCACAGCAGGAGAAUCUCCGAGAGGACUUUGUCAUUUUUAUGACGAUCAGGAAGAAUCGGUGGCGAUGUGGACAAUGGGGUCGAGGAAUAUCAAGAUAUUGUUUUGGCGGACGUUGAAAAAAUAUUAAUGGAUCCAGUAAAACUCGGGGAAUUCCUGAUGAUUCGAGAUUGACAGCGAUAAAUGAAUAGAUAAACGAUAGAUAAUAGAAAUCCAGGGAUUCUAGAUAAAAUGAUAGAAUUUUCCAAAGCCCAUUUACAAUGCAGAUAAAUUAAAUAAAUUUCUCCUUUGAAAUAAGAAAAUUGAUUUUUUUAUCCCUCUUCGAGUUCUACGUCUAAAAAACAUCUGAAACUGCGGUUUUUCCUGGAAAAUUUCCAGUCAUAGUUUCCAAAUACUUCGCUAAUUAAAAAUUUCCAAAUAGUCGGGUUAAUUAUUGGAAAAUUGUGCAAUUGUCGAGUCACAUUGCAGAGGAAUUGCCGCAUGAAUUUACGAGAAUACGUUGAAAGGUUUUUUUAUUCUGUGAGACAUUUAAUGGACUGUUAAAAUGCUUUGUUGAUAUUUUCCUCUUGACCCACUAGUUUCAAAGACAUUCCCACCAGAAAGAGUCGUACGAUUUUAAAACUUGCUCUCUCUCCUCUUAACAGCAUUUGUAUUCCAGUUAUUCUGGUUUAUGAAUGUCCUCCUCGUUAUCAUCAACUGUAAUUCAGUUACAGUUCAGUCUUCAACAUGAGCUCAAGAAUACGUGAAAAUCGGAACCAGGGGAGCCGUAACCAUCUAGGAUAGAUAGUACAGAGAAAGAGAUAUUUUGGAGAAGAAUAUAAAUUUAUCAGCGCCAGGAUGACGUCGACAAAGGCAAAGGAAAUAGCGGAUGAUUAUUUUUCAUCCCUAAAGGAUCUCACUAUCAACUCAAAGCCUCUCAUAAAUAUGCUCACAAUGCUCGCUGAGGACAACGUCGAGCACGCCGAGGCGAUCGUCGAAGCUGUUGAGAAUCACUUACAAAAGGUGGAAAGCAAGUACAAGCUACCGGUCCUUUAUCUCAUCGACUCAAUCGUCAAGAACGUUAAUGGAGCAUAUUUAAACCUCUUCACACAAAACAUUGUCAAUACAUUUUGUGGUGUCUUCGAGAAGGUUGAUGAAGCCACCAGGGCCAGUAUGUGGAAGCUGAGGCAAACGUGGAAUGGAGUUUUUCCAGCUACUAAAUUGUAUUCACUUGAUGUACGAGUCCAGAGUAUCGAUCCAGCAUGGCCCAUCACUGCAUCACCACCGACAAUAUCUUCGGGAUCAAUCCAUCUGAAUCCAAGAUUUUUAUCCAUGUCACAGGUGUCAUCGACACAAGCCCCAGCCGCACCAACGCCACUGGCCGUUCCCUCCCCUGACCUAACGCCGGCAAAGCCAAAUUCAAAGCGCGAAGAGUUGAUUAACCAGAAGAAAAAAUUGCUGGAGCUCCAGAAGCAAAAAGUCGAGCUUGAGUUACUCCAGGCAAAACUUAAUUUCGAGGAGCAGCAGAAGGAGUUGGACGAACAGGACGGUGUCAUCAAGUCAGGAAUGAUAUUACCAACAGCGAUGGUCGUACCCACGACUGAGACGACUCAGGGAAAGCCAGUGGCUCCAGUGAUGCCUAGUCAAGUGGUGAAACAGGUGUCCAAGCAGUUUCCAGCAGCAGCUGCAUCGCUUCUAAAAAAUGCUGGAGCAACGAAUGGUCCCCGAAUAGCGCCAGCGAGUAGCCUGAUGGUGGCAUCAGCUCGUCAAACAUCCCGUGACCCCCGAUUGAAGUCAACUCCUCAACAGCCCCCAGUGGAAACCUCCCAAGUUACCUCAACAUCGUCAAUAACUACUGUACUUUCUGAUCAAUUAAAGCAGCAGUUGACAAUGAAAAAGGGUAGCAAUAUAAAGCCACCAAUGAAUAAUCCACCGAUCGGCGAAGGAUCGUUAAAAUCUAGUAUUAACGAUAAUCCAACCAACAACAAUAAACCAGUAAAUUCGUGUAAAGAUGGUGUGUCAAAUCGUACAAAUCAAAAGAAAGAAAGAACCUCUAGCAAUAGUAACAAUAGUUUAUCCAUAAAUAAUUCAAAAUUAAUGAAUCAAUCUGGUGUUAUGACAAAUUCAUCAUUAUCAGCAAACUUAUUAUCAUCAGUAUCGUCUAACACAAAUGCUAAUCGGUCACAUAGUGAUAAUAGAGUUAAAGACAGUAAGCGUGAUACAUCGUCAUCUAGAUGUGAUAAAACAACAGUAUCUUCAAAAUCAUCACACAGAAAGUUAGGUAAUAAAACGCGAUUAAAACAGCCAUCAAAUUCACCAACGAAAUUAAUUAAAAUAGAUCGUGAGGGUAGCCCAGUUAGAUCAAAGUCACGUGACAAAGAGAGCUCAGACAGUUCACCAACGUCAUUACGUACCUCACCACAGUCCUCAUCCCCAUUGUCAAAGAAUCGUAAAAAAUUAAGUGGUAAAGGGAGAAAACGUAGUCAGAGUCCUUAUCGUAUUCCAAGACGUAAUUUAAAUACUAAGGAGGUAGCAGCGUCAAUCGUUGGUACAGGUGGUCUUACUGAGGAGGAACAAUCUGGUUCACUCAUUGUAUCACCUCCUCAUCCACCAACUUUCAAAGAUAUCAGGCAGAAUACCAGACAGAGAAAUUAUAUUAGGAGAAAUAAGGAGGGUCCGGGCUCCAGCCCUGAACAGUCUGGAAUUGUCGAUGACAACGAGUGUCUUAUUGAGUCCGCUUCUAAGGAUGAAGAUCUUAGGGCUGCUCUGCCACCACCCUGUGCUGCUGGCGUCAUCAGUGAGAAGAAAGAGGACUUAGAUCUGCGAGUUCUACCGUCAGUUAAUAAGCGACAAAGUUCUGAACAUAUCGAUGGGGGAUCAUCCAAGAGGACCAAAACGGAGAAGUUUGACGCAUUAUUCGGCCACGAAGACGUAGACCUGCGCACCCUGACGAACCCCAAAGCAGGAAGACCCCCUACGCCCCCACCUCCAGUAAUUUCCGGCGAGGACAACAAAGCAAGUUGGGCAAAACUGAAGACCCCCUCGAAAAACGAUCGUGAUAAGCAGCCAAGCUCCGAGGAGAAGCGUGAUCGUGAUCGUAACAAGGAUCGUCUAGGUCGUCCCCGUCUCUACAAGCUGUCAGACGAUACCAAAGACCGCCGUCGAGGAUUCUCCAGUGAUGAGGACAGUCGCCCCAACCGUCGAGCCAAAGACACCGACAAAUCCGAGCUCUCCCGAGGUGGAAGAAACAUCGAGAUAAUAAUGAAACAAGCGGAGGAGCAGUGGCGUGAUGGAUCGAUCAGCAAAACUGAGUAUCAUAAAUUGAUCCAGGAAAUUUGGCAGAUGAACGAGGACCAGAAGCUGCGAGCUGCCCAGAGAAAGGAGAAGGAGAUAGGAUCACUCGUCUGGGAGAAGGGAAUUGACAUCGGUGGUUACACCGCCAACGACGGGGACAUGGGACUCAGGAAGGACCAUCACGGAAGACACGGUCCCCGUUGGAACCAGCCGUGGCAGCCCGGUCCCUGGGCCCACCCACCGUUCGGUCCCACGACUCACUUCAACCCUGAGUUCAGACCAGUGGGCCCCUGGCAAAAUCCCAGAUUCCCAAUGCGUCCAGACUUCAAUCAGUUCCACGGUGGCUUCAACUCCAAUAUGGGCCCCCGGAUGGGAGGAAUGAUGGGUCCAAUGAACCCCAACGGUCCCAUGAUCCCCGGAAUAAUGGGCAACGGUCCUAUGGGCCCACUGGGCAUCAAUCCGCUGAGUAUGAAUGGUCCAGCUAGUCUCCUGAUGAAUGGACCACCGCGUGGAAAUCUUCUGAGCCAUCUCAAUCCUGUAAAUCCACCAGCACCAGCCUCAUCACCACCACAACUGGAGGACAAGUCAUCGUCCGACGAGCAGGGCAGAACCAACAGGGAACUCCCCUGUCCAGACCCAAAACUACUGGAGGAGAUCGCCAGUGACACAAUGAAAUCCAUCAACAUUGAUAAUAUGCCCAGGGAGAUCAGGUAUUAUGGGUCUGUUGGGGUUGUCUUCAUGUCCUGGGAUGAUCCCAGGGAAAUUGGCUUUCAAGACGGCAUUCGUAGGAUUCUCAUUGAUGAUAAGGACACGAUACUGUGCGGUUUCAACGAACCGUAUAAAGAAUUUCUGUAUGAGAAUAAUGUUCAUAAAAUCAGACUUGGAGCACCCACGAGGGAAUUGUACAUUGAUGACAGAUGGUACGAGUGUUAUUUCGGUGGUCCAUCUAUUACUGUGGAUCUAGGUAGUAAGAAAGUCAGUAUCAAGCUUGAGGGACCUCCACCACAGGUGAAAAUUGGCUCGGUCAAGAGAACUGAUCUUGUCAUUGCCAAGAUCAAUCUUAUCAUCAAUGCUAGGACAAUGGUGCCAGUUUUUCUCGAUUCAAAGCCACAGAUAUUCGAGCUCGAUGGACAGAAUCACACGUUGGAAUUCACUGAUUCGUUGAAAACUGUCAUGUUGAAUGGUAGACCUUUUGCUGUGGAGUUUGGAGGACUACCCAAGCCCAUUAUGAUUGGAGAUAAAAAACAUUUCAUCAGAUUUUCGGUGCUGCCUAGGGGAGUUCGUGCUGGCUCUAUCAAGAUCACGGGAAUGAGGGGAGAGAGUCCUGAUGAGGGUGGAAAUGAUGUCCCAGCUUUGCAGAAGAUGGAGACAGCUGGGGGAGCUCUCAGCACAUCGACUGCACUCGAGAUGGAUUCGGGAUCUCAGGACGCUAGUGAUAUUCCGUCCGGAUGCAAAUCUGAUUCACAACUUGAUAUGCUGUCGUCAGCAUUGUCCACUGCUAUGGCACCUGCCUCGGGCAUGUCCUACGAGGCUGAACCCACUGAUAAGGCCAGUCCUGCACCUCCUGUGUUGCCACUGAACUUGAAUCUGAAUGAGCUGUUCCAGAGGCUCGUUGAUACUGGCAUUGUUCCCAAGAUAACUGGGGCCAUUGCUGAUGUGAAAGAGGUGGAGGUGAAGAAGGAGUCAGACACACCACUCAUCUUGUUUGAUAAACCAGAAACACUCAAGACCAGUGCCAAUCCUGUACCGUUGUACAGUGGAAUGCAGUGUGGAUCGUGUAGUCUCAGGUUUGGGCCUGACAGACCCAUGAAGUACAGUGCUCAUCUGGAUUGGCACUUCAGGCAGAACAGGAGGGAGAGGGACUCUGCUAGGAAGGCGCAUUCCAGAGCUUGGUAUUAUGAUACCAGUGACUGGACGCAGUUUGAGACUUGUGAAGAAUCUGAUGAUAGAGCUCGAAGUUGGUUUGAAAUGGAGAAGCAAAAUGCUGAGACAGAAGGGGCUAAUGCAGAGGACACCCCUCAGGAAACAAUUCUACCGAGUGUCCCAACAGGUAGUGAUGAGGAUGCACAAUGUCAAGUGUGUCAUGAUGCAUUUGAGCAGUUCUACAAUGAAGAGAAGGAGGAGUGGCAUUUGAGACCAGCUGUAAGCUUCGAGGAUAAGAACUACCAUCCUCUCUGUCUAGAGGAUCACAAGGAAAAAUGUAUCGCGCGUGCCUUGGAGAAGUCCGCGAUGUCUCUCGACGAGUCAGUAACAGACGCUGAGGAUGAUAAAAAAGAGGACGCCAACGAAUCAAUGGACACGUCCAUUGACGACGUGAAAGACCCGGAUGUACAACCGAAAGAUGAAUCCAUCUUGGAAGAGUCGACAGAUGAGAACAAACCUCCCCUGGAGGAGCCCACCGAACAAGUAGAAGAACAACAACCAGAGGACCAGGACGAGGCAUCUGAAAACCCUGAUGCAGAAGUGAAAACAGGGGACGAGGAAAAUAUUGAAAGCCCUGCAGAAACGACUGAGGGUGAUGUCGAAAUGAAAAGCGAAGAACAAGUCGAGGAGAAAGUCCAACACGAGAUUUUGGAAUUCGUGAAGAUUAAGGAGGAACCGAUUGACUUUAUGGAGACUGACGAGCAGGUGUUUGACUUCAGUAACGUGGAAGUAAAAGCUGAACCCAUUGAUCCUGAACCUGAGCCUAAACCACUUGUACCUGAAUCGGGAGCCCCAGUAGACACAACUCUGGCAGCAAUGACGAGUUCAAUAGACGGUAACGUUGAGCUAGAAUCAGCGGCAUCAUCAAUACCCAUAUCCCAAUCAAAAAUCAAAAUAAACAUCACAAAGACCCUAAUAACAACGAACAAAGAGCCUGAGGAGCCCAAAGAGAAGCCCCAACCAUUGGAAGCCCCCAAAGAGGAAAAUCCUCAACUCCUAGUGCCGGCAUCCAUGAAAGCAUCUCUACAAGGUAGGAAAUUGUCGGUAUUGCCACCGGUUCAGAAAGGCCACGAAUUGUCAGGACUCUGCUCUAUUAUGUGAAUUACUAAACUGCCGAAUUAUCAAGUUGAUGAACCGGUGCCAGUGGUACAGACCAUUCUGGCAAAUUAAUGAGUAUAAAUUCGAGUAUACGAUUUUGUUAAAAUAAUUUUGCAACUUGAAUUAUUGAAGACUUGAGUUACGGUUCAUCACAAUUUGUUCAACAAGUGCGACAUGAUUUAUCAGUGCCUUUUUUUUUACGUUUAGUCCACGCAUUUAUUUCCGUUUUAUUUUUUAUUUCGAGGACUAAAUUGUUAUUUUUCUACAUUAAUUCAUGGAAAUUAAAGAAUGAAAGAAGGUUGGCUUUAUCAGGUCGCACGAUUUUCCCCCACGUUCUUCUCCGUGAUUUCGCUGUGCCUGAAGAAGGGGUGAAUUUUUAGGUGUGUGUGGACUCGUGUGGUUGACGUGGAGUCGUAGAGAACGUGAGGGAAAAUCGAUGUAAAGAUGUAAAUAAAAAAAAAAUUAGCGAGUAUUUGUUAAAUUGUAAGUAAUUUUCAAAUGUAAUCAUCAAGAGAAGAAUGAACAAUCAUUCCUCAACCGCAUUGUGUGCAAUUGUUGGGUGAGCAAUGGCCAAUGCACAAAGACUAAAGAAAUACUGAUAUUUCAUACAAUUUAUACUUUGUAAUGUGGUAUGGAGGAUGAUCGAGCACACGGUAUUUUUUUGUUAUUCAUUACAGAACGAUGAGAACUAUCGUCUGUUCAGGGAAAAAAAAAUUAUUUAGACUAGAGGGGAGGGAAAUUUUUGUGACGAGUGAGUGAGAGAAGAGUUGAUAUUUCCAUUUUAAUUCGUCGAGGAUGUACAAAGCGUGUGAUAUAAGAGUUAUUUCUGUUGUGUAAAUAUUUAGUGGGCUAAGUAGGAAUGAGAAUUGCAGGAAAAACAGAAAUUGUGGGAUAAUUCGUGAAAUGCGAGGAUGCUCUUUUUUUUAAUGAAAUUUUCAUAAUGAAAAUUUAAUGAUAAUAGAGACCAUUAUUUUGUUGUAUAAAAAGAAAUGAGAAAAAAAAUUAAUCUUAUUGAUCACCUGGGGGUGUGAGUCGAUUUAAUUAUUUCAAUCUACCUUGUAUAUUGAUCCAAUAAUCCUGUGACGAAAUUAAUGAGGAAAAUGGUGAAAAGGUAAUGACGAAUGGAGAUAAUAAAAUUUUUGGAAAAACAUGGUGGUAA